AGACUUCACUCUGUCAGUGAAGUGGGAGAUAAGUCCAUGGAGGAAAAAGAUCCUAUUAGUCAUGACCACGGUAGUGCAAGUGCAGGUGAUGUCAAGAAAGUCAUAGAUCAGGGAAAAGAAGCCAUAGAGUACCACAACCUACGUCUUAAAAUAGCUAAAGAAGUAGGAGACAAGCAUGGGGAGGGUACUGCUUAUGGCAAUCUUGGCAAUGCUUAUUUUAGUCUGGGUGAUUUCAAAAAAGCCAUAGAGUACCACAACCUACAUCUUAAAAUAGCUAAAGAAGUAGGAGACAAGCAUGGGGAGGGUGCUGCUUAUGGCAAUCUUGGCAAUGCUUAUCACAGACUGGGUGAUUUCAAAAAAGCCAUAGAGUACCACAACCUACAUCUUAAAAUAGCUAAAGAAGUAGGAGACAAGCGUGGGGAGGGUGCUGCUUAUGGCAAUCUUGGCAAUGCUUAUUUUAGUCUGGGUGAUUUCAAAAAAGCCAUAGAGUACCACAACCUACAUCUUAAAAUAGCUAAAGAAGUAGGAGACAAGCAUGGGGAGGGUGCUGCUUAUGGCAAUCUUGGCAAUGCUUAUCACAGACUGGGUGAUUUCAAAAAAGCCAUAGAGUACCACAACCUACAUCUUAAAAUAGCUAAAGAAGUAGGAGACAAGCGUGGGGAGGGUGCUGCUUAUGGCAAUCUUGGCAAUGCUUAUUUUAGUCUGGGUGAUUUCAAAAAAGCCAUAGAGUACCACAACCUACAUCUUAAAAUAGCUAAAGAAGUAGGAGACAAGCAUGGGGAGGGUGCUGCUUAUGGCAAUCUUGGCAAUGCUUAUCACAGUCUGGGUGAUUUCAAAAAAGGCAUAGAGUACCACAACCUACAUCUUAAAAUAGCUAAAGAAGUAGGAGACAAGCAUGGGGAGGGUGCUGCUUAUGGCAAUCUUGGCAAUCCUUAUCUUAUUCUGGGUGAUUUCAAAAAAGCCAUAGACAACUACAACCUACAUCUUAAAAUAGCUAAAGAAGUAGGAGACAAGCAUGGGGAGGGUAACGCUUAUGGCAAUCUUGGCAAUUCUUAUCACCGUCUGGGUGAUUUCAAAAAAGGCAUAGAGUACCACAACCUACAUCUUAAAAUAGCUAAAGAAGUAGGAGACAAGCGUGGGGAGGGUAACGCUUAUGGCAAUCUUGGCAAUGCUUAUCACCGUCUGGGUGAUUUCAAAAAAGCCAUAGAGUGCCACAACCUAAAUCUUAAAAUCGCUAGAGAAGUAGAAGACAAGCGUCGGGAGGGUAACGCUUAUGGCAAUCUUGGCAUUGCUCAUGGCAGUCUGGGUGAUUUCAAAAAAGCCAUAGAGUACCACCACCUACAUUUUAAAAUAGCUAAAGAAGUAGGAGACAAGCAUGGGAGGGUGCUGCUUAUGGCAAUCUUGGCAAUGCUUAUGACAGUCUGGGUGAUUUCAAAAAAAGCCAUAGAGUACCACAACCUACAUCUUAUAAUAGCUCAAGAAUUAGGAGACAAAUCCUGGGAGGCAAUUACCUACUCUUCAUUAGGAUUGGUUUUUGAGUUACAAGGUAGACUGCCAAAAGCCGUUGAAUAUUAUCAAGCUAGCAUAAACUUAUUCAAUUCCUUGAGAGCACUUCUAAUAUCUAAAGAUGAGUGGAAAGUUAAUUUUCGAAAUCAGCAUCAAAAGGCGUAUACGGGUUUGUGGAGAGUUCUCGUAGAACAAGGUAAUGUAGAUGAAGCCUUAUUUGUUGCUGAGAAAGGACGAGCUCAAGCUCUGACCGACCUCAUGGAAUCCAGUUUUUGUGGUGGAACAAGUCACCACAAGGGAGAAGAUGAAGAUUGCGCAGUUUUAAAAAAACGUUCCAUCCAACACUGUCUUUCAGGCAGUGGACAAAGCUAACGUCAAUCUUUGGGUUGUGUCUGAAGGAAAACAAGUCUACUUAAGACAAUGUAAACUCAAAGGUUUUGGUUCAGAGAAUAGUGGAUCUAGCCUGUUCUUUGAGUCGUUCAUGCUCGGUGUCUAUACACAACUUGGUGUUCGUUCUAAUGUGAGAUGCGAGAAUCGAUCUUUAGAUGCUUUGAGGGAGGGCCGUUCAAAAGUGGAUGAGAAAACCAAAGAAGCCAAGCCUCAACCUCACAUCCAACAAGACGGAUGCUUGAGCACUUUGUAUGAUAUCGUUAUGAUGCCGGUGGCUGACUUGAUUGAAGGGGAUGAGCUACUCAUUAUUCCUGAUGGACCCCUGUGGAUCGCUCCUUACGCUGCAUUGAAGGAUGGUAAUUCUAAAUACCUGUGUGAAUCGUUCACAAUCCGAGUCGCUCCAUCGUUAGAAAGUCUUAGACUCAUUGCUGAUUGCCCAGAUGAUUAUCACAAAAGCAGCGGUGCGUUACUUGUAGGAGAUCCGUGGGUAUCCGAGGUUACUAACAGCGAGGGAGAGAAAGUCCUCAAGCAGCUUCCGUGUGCUAAAGAAGAAGUAGAAAUGAUCGGAAAAAUUCUGAAUAUCACACCAAUCAUUGGCAGUCAGGCCACGAAACAAGAGGUGUUGAAAAGACUCAGUUCCGUUUCCCUAGUUCACUUUGCGGCACACGGAUGUAUGGAAACUGGCGAAAUUGCUCUUACACCUGACCCACACCGAAUGUCUACUGUGCCAACGGAGGAGGAUUACAUUUUAACAAUUGGAGAUGUGUUGAAUGCUCAACUUCGGGCCAAACUUGUUGUGCUUAGUUGCUGCCACAGCGGCCGGGGCGAGAUCAAGGCUGAAGGUGUGGUUGGCAUUGCACGCGCUUUUAUGGGGGCUGGUGCUCGAUCUAUUGUGGUGUCCCUGUGGGCGAUUGAUGACGAGGCUACUCUUGAGUUCAUGAAACACUUUUAUCAACAACUUGCAGGAGGUAAACCAGCAAGCGAGUCACUGAACCUGGCCAUGAAAAGCCUCAGAGAAUCAGACACGUUCCGCGACAUCAAAUACUGGGCGCCCUUUUUGCUGAUUGGAGAUGACGUCACUCUGGACUUCUUGGCAAAGGAAAGAGAAAAUUUAAUUUGA